UUGAAUUCCCAAAAAUCAAAAUCCAAACUAACUCUUCCCACUCUGUCUUGUUUUUUUCAAUUACAGGCAAAAGGGAAAAGAAAAUUCACUGUUUUUUCUACGGUGACUGUCUAAAAUUAAGGCUACGAUUAUUCCUAGGACCUUAAGAUUAGCAAUUUCAUUUCUUCCUCAAAUUCCCUCCACUUGUCAAAAUUUAAAGAACCCCUCUCGUGCUGCUAGGUAAUGCUGUUGUGAAAGAAGAAAAAAAGUUUCAUCAAUGAUAAGAAAAUUGUUCUUGUGUAGAGAAAUUGGCUUUGCAUUUGUGUUGUAAAGGGAUUUUUUUCUGAUAAAGGUGGUAGCUAGACCAAAUUGCGUGCGACCUGACUAUUCUAUCGGGUACUUGCUACGUCACACCAAAACAGGAAGGGAUAAAUUAUCGACGUUUCAUAGGGGAUGGUUGUUAGAAACAUCUUUUGUGGUGCUUGUAAUAUGAAAUCUGCUAAGGGAAUCAGUAUGGAUGCAGAACAUACCUCAGGAAAUUUGUCUGCGUCGGCUUCUGCUCAAGACCUCAGAAUGUUUGAGAUGGAAAGGGAGAAACAUGAUGAUUCUUCUCCAAGAGGAGUUAUGGAAGUGGGCAUCAGAAACCCAGAGAAUGGCUCCAUUUCUCCUAAAGACAAACCCUCAGGUUCUCAAACCAGGUUGUCUAAUCCACGAACGUCCUCUCGCUGGCAUAAGUUCUUCAAGAUGUGGAAAAGAAGUUCCGUCAAGAGAUUACCUUCUUUUCCACCGUUAGCUGUGCCAACGAUGUCGACAAGGAAAAGCAGAAGUGCGAGGGAGAAUGUGGCAGCGGGAAUCUACCACUUCACAUCUUCCUGGAAGAACUUCAGCCUAUCUGAACUGAAAAUCGCUACCAACAAUUUUAGCAUAGAAAACUUUAUUGGCAAAGGAGGGUACGCUGAAGUUUACAAGGGUUGUUUGCCUGAUGGUCAGCUUAUCGCGGUUAAGCGCCUCAAUAAGGGUACAGAAGCGCAGCAGGAACAAAGUUUCCUAUGUGAAAUAGGUACUAUAGCACACGUAGACCAUCCUAAUACUGCAAGGAUGGUUGGUUAUGGAGUGGAAGGAGGGACAUACCUAGUUCUUCAGUUAUCUUCUCAAGGGAGCUUAGGAUCAUUUCUUCGUGGCUCAAGGGAAAAACUAGAUUGGGCUGCCAGGUACAAAAUAAUAUUUGGAAUAGCAAAUGGCCUAAUGUACCUUCACGAGAAUUGCCAAAGGCGGAUUAUACACAGAGAUAUUAAAGCUGAUAAUAUUCUACUUACGGAGGAUUUUGUGCCUCAGAUUUGUGACUUUGGCCUUGCAAAGUGGCUUCCUAAAGAGUGGACACAUCAUAAUGUGGGAAAGUUUGAAGGCACAUUUGGUUAUUUCGCUCCAGAGUAUUUUAUGCAUGGCACUGUGGAUGAGAAAACUGAUGUAUUUUCAUUUGGUGUGCUGCUAUUGGAGAUAAUAACUGGAAGGCAAGCACUAGAUGAUUCACAGCAGAGCCUUGUGAUUUGGGCAAAGCCUUUGCUCCAUAAGCACAACAUCAAAGAACUAAUUGAUCCUGUUCUUGGUGAUAACUACAAUCCAAAAGAGAUGAACCGAGUUAUUAUAACUGCUGGCUUAUGUGUAGAACAAAAUCCACUUAUGCGACCUCGAAUGAAUCAGGCUAUCGUCCUAAUGAAGACUGAAGACGACUACUACAAGCAGAAUUUCCUGCGAAAGAGGACAUAUUCAGAAGAACUCUUGGAUGCAGCAGAGUACAACUCGACGAAAUGCCUGAAUGAAUUUAAACAGCUUAAUCUAAGAAGUUCAGUUUCUGAAAACAACAUGAAGACCUCAGCAGCUUAGCUAGAAUUGGUAAUUUAGUUACAGCUUAGAGAAAAAUUAAAUUUUUUGGGGUGUUUAUUAACCCUUAUAUAUAUAUAUAUAUGUACUUUCAAAUAAUCAUCUCUGUUUUGUAUGGAAUUUUGAGGAAAUAGGUAGAAAGGGCUUCACUCUUUCAAAUGCCAUGGGAAACAUAGUGAAGUGAGUAAACUCUCAUUAGGUAAUGCAUGUAUAUAUUAGACAUAUGGAAACUAUACUUGUA